AUGGACAGCACCAUGGCGGGCUCCGAGGCGCUACAGAGCGCCACAGCGCUUAUUGAGGAGCGGCUGGCACAGGAGGAGGAGAAUGAGAAACUCCGAGGAUCCACCCACCAGAAGCUGGCCAUGGACAUGCUGGCACUGGAGGAAGAGAAGCACCACGGGGCUGCAAACCUGGCCCUACAGAAGGUUAAGGGCCAGGAGCGUGUGCGCAAGACGUCCCUAGACCUGCGGCGGGAGAUCAUCGAGGUGGGCGGCAUCCAGAACCUCAUCGAGCUGCGGAAGAAGCGGAAGCAGAAGAAGCGGGCGGCCCUGUUGGCCCAGGAGCCGCCUCAGGAGCCUGAGGAGAUCACUGGCCCCGUGGAGGAGGAGACGUUCCUGAAAGCCGCCGUGGAAGGGAACAUGAAGGUCAUCGAGAAGUUCCUGGCCGAUGGGGGCUCCCCGGACACCUGCGACCAGUUCCGCAGGACAGCACUGCACCGCGCUUCCCUGGAGGGCCACAUGGAGAUCCUGGAGAAGCUGCUGGAGAGCGGGGCCACUGUGGACUUCCAGGAUCGGCUGGAUUGCACAGCCAUGCAUUGGGCCUGCCGCGGGGGCCGCCUGGAGGUGGUGAAACUCCUGCAAAGCCGAGGAGCAGACACCAAUAUGAGAGAUAAGCUGCUGAGCACGCCCCUGCACGUGGCGGUUCGCACUGGGCAUGUGGAGAUCGUGGAGCACUUCCUGACCCUGGGCCAGGACAUCAACGCCCAAGACAGAGAAGGGGACAGUGCCCUGCAUGACGCCGUGAGGCUCAACCGCUACAGGAUCAUCAAACUGCUGCUCCUGCACGGGGCCGACAUGAUGGCCAAGAACCUGGCUGGAAAGACUCCCACAGACCUGGUGAAGCUGUGGCAAGCCGACACCCGGAACGCUCUGGAGCACCCUGAGCCGGGGUCCGAGCAGGACGGGCUGGAGGCGGCUGCUGAGAGUGGGCGGGAGACCCCCCAGCCUGUGCCAGCCCCGUGA